AUGUGUUCUUGUUCAAGGCGCACUCUCCUGAUCCGCCGUCUAGGGGAUUGCAGCGUACUGAGAGAGCUGGUUCCCGAAACCAUUGGCAACAUACAAUAUCGCUUUCUUGAUGCCCAUUGGCGUAAUGACGACGACAUGGACGCCUAUCAGAUGAUGAAUCCCCCCUGUUGCAGCCAGCGAAACCAGCAAAUGGAGGCCAACUUUGGCAGUUUGACCAGACAGUUGGGGCAACAGCAACUUCCCAGCAUCUGUCCCAGGUCCUCACGCCUGGCGCGUCAGCCGGAAUCUCUGGCCGCUAUUCAAUCAGCGUCAGCGGAUCCGUCAGUGUCGAAUCUUGAGUAG